CUGUGAAGAAACCAAGCGAGAGGCUUCAUGGCCGAGUAAGUGACACUGCAUUAAAACGUUCGUCAUUACCCCUUAAUCUCUGAAUUUCUCUAAUUUACAACCGUAUCUCAAAGUUGUUUUUGUUGAUCAGCUCCUAUUCGAAUGGGCGAGUUCUCAGUGAUGGAAGCUGAAGGAGUAACCCCGGCUUACAUGGAGCUGGCGCAGGUAAAAUUUGCCCUCCAGCUCUCUGAAUAUCAAAAAGACCAGGCGUUGAAGGACAAACUGCUCAAUGGUAUAAAACAAGGCAACAUGGCGCCUUAUUACAAAGAAGUAACGAAAGACCUCCAUUGGCCAUUUGACAACAAACUGUACAACGAAAUGGCAGCAGCUAACACUCUCAGGUUGGCAGAACUUGAGAAAGAACAUGAAAAUUCUGUAAUCGACGAUGAAGAUCAAGUUUCUGGACUGUGGCAGGCUAAACUCGACUAUCUUUGCUCGAUAGGAGACAAAGAGGGUGCGACAGCUUUGGCCAAUGGAAAACUCAAUGACAAAACAGUCCCAAAAACGCACCGAAUAGAUGCUGUUUUCGCCCUGUUUAGAUUAUCAUAUUUUCAUGGAUGUGAUAUUAAAGGCAUGUCAUCUGCGAUUGAAAAAGCAACAGAACUUAUUGAAGGACAGGGAGACUGGAGUUCAAGAAACAAGUUGAAAGCUUAUGAGGGUGUUUGGAGUUUUUCAAUAAGAGAUUAUACCAGAGCUGCUCGGCUUUUUGUAGAUGUUGUACCCACAUUCGAAUCAUACGAGCUAGCUGAUUUUGGAACGAUAAUCCGUUACACAGUACUCUCUUGUAUGAUCGCCCUGCCAAGAUGCGAGCUCAAGAAUAAAUUAAUGCAUGCCGGAGUCACUGCACAGGCCCUUCAUUCACAAUAUACACACUUGAAAGAAUAUUUCUUAUCUCUAUAUGAUGGAAGAUACGCUGAUUUUCUUGUUUCACUUGCUGAAAUCGAGUCUUGGAUGAAGAGGGACCCGCUUCUCCAUCCGCAUUACAGGCACUAUGUACAAGAAAUGAGGCUUAGGGCAUACAAACAGAUCCUUCAGGCCUAUAGAUCCCUCUCUCUCGACUACAUGGCUCAGUCAUUCGGUGUAACACCAGAAUUCAUUGAGAAAGAAGUAGCAAAAUUUGCAGCUUCUGGUAGGCUGCAGUGUAAAAUCGAUUCUGUGGCACGGACUGUCGUGACUAGCGUUCACCUGAGUGAUGAAGCAAUGAGAGUAAAAGAUGUCUCAGAUCUUGACAUGGACAGAAGUAUGCUUUACAAAACUACUGUUAAAAGAGGGGAUAUUCUGUUGAACAGGUUGAAGAAAUUAGCACGUGUGAUGGAUUUCUAAUUAUUUAGCUUAUAAUAAUUUUUUUUUAAAAUAACAUUUCGUUUAUAUCUCAUUUUUUUCGCUUUA